AUGAGUCGCGUGAAAGUGGCCGUGCGGGUGCGCCCCUUCAACGCGCGCGAAGAGGCGAUGGGCAGCAUCUGCUGCAUCUCGAUGAGCGGCAGCAGCACGACGCUGCUGGACCUCGACAGCAGCAGCAGCAGCAGCAGCAGCAGCAGCAGCAGCAGCAGCAGCAGCAGCAGCAGCAGCAGCGGGAGCGGGAGAGAGCCACGGACCUUCACCUUUGACUACUCCUUCUGGUCCCACGACGGCUUCGAGGUGGGCCCCUCGGGGGCCCGCAGGGCCCUCAGGGGGGCCCCCUAUGCUGACCAAAAAAGGGUCUUCGAGGCCCUCGGGCAGCAGCUGCUGGCAGCAGCUUGGGAGGGUUUCCACACUUGUUUGUUUGCCUACGGCCAGACGGGCGCGGGCAAGAGCUACUCCAUUGUGGGGUACGGAGACGAUCCCGGGAUCGUCCCCACGGCCUGCCGCGAGAUCUUCGCCCGCAUCAGCAGCAGCAGCAGCAGCAGCAGCAGCAGCAGCAGCAGCAGCGGCGGGGAGGAGCAGCAGAGUACGAGUUUUGAGGUUACUGUUAGUCUGCUGGAGAUUUAUAAUGAAACUGUUCAGGACCUGCUCAUCAGCCCCAGCCAGAGGCCCAAGGCCGGGCUCAACAUCCGAGAGUCGAAGCAGCUCGGAGUUUAUGUUGAGGGCUUGACAAAGAUUGCAGUCUCUUCUUACGAAGAAAUCCAAGCAGUCACUGACAAAGGAACUGCAAACAGAACAAUGACCUGCAUCGAGCUGCUGCAGCUCACUUCCUUCAAAGGCCACCAAGGCCGCCAACUUAGUGUUAUCAACUUAGUCGAUUUGGCAGGAUCUGAAAAAGCAAACAAGACAGGAGCUGAGGGCACAAGACUCAAGGAAGGUUGCGCAAUUAACAAGUCCCUUUCGGCCCUCGGGAACGUAAUUAGUGCCCUCGCGGAGGCCCAGGGGGGCCCCCCGGGGGGCCCCCCGGGGGGCCCCCGGGGGGCCCCCAGGGGGGCCCCCCUCGUUGUGCCCUAUAGAGACAGCAAACUGACGCGGCUGCUGCAGAACGCUCUCGGGGGCAGCAGCAAAACUAUUAUGCUUUGUGCUUUGUCUCCGGCGAGCAGCAAUUAUGAAGAAAGUUUAAGUACUUUGAGAUAUGCAGAUAGAGCAAAAAGCAUCAAAAAUAAAGCUGUUGUUAAUGAAGAUCCUGUUCAGAAACUCAUCCGUGAACUCCAGGAAGAAAACGCCAAACUCAAGAAACUCCUCGAUGGCCAGGGCCCUCUGGAGGGGCCCCCGCCUUCAGCUGAAGAAACCCUCGCGCUGCAGAGGGCCCACGAAGAAGAAAUAAAAGCCAUGGAAAAUGCAAUUGCAGAAAUGCAAAAGUCUUGGGAAGACAAGUUGAAGGAGGCCCACGCCAAGCUGCAGCAGCAGCAAGCAGGGCCUGACUGGGAGAAGGUGUGUCACAUAACUUUGUUGAAUGAAGACCCUCUUCUUUCGGGGUCCUUUUCGAUGGCCAUUCCUGCUGCUCCUGGGAAGUUGUUGAUAAAAAGAAAGACAAAAGAAGCAGCAGAGCAGCAGCAGGAAGCAGCAGCGCAGCAGGAAGCAGCAGCAGCGCAGCAGGCAGCAGCACAGGAGGCGCAGCAGCAGCAGCAGCAGCAGCAGGCGGACGCGGUGCUGCUGCUGUCGGGCCCCACAGUCAGCAGCAGGCACUGCAGCAUCUAUUUCGAGGCUUCCGGAGCUGCUGGGAGUCCCAGAAAAGCAGCAGCCACAGCAGCAGCAGCAGCAGCAAACGAAGCGGAAGCAGCAGCAAAUGGAAAUGAGGACUCAAAUGGACUAUUUAUCGAGGCCUUGGAGGCCGAAAAAGGCACUUUUUUAAACGGAAAAGAACUGCAAAAAGGAGAAAAAGUGCUGCUGCAGUGCGGCGACCGCGUGGUCGUGGGCCACAGCUACGCCUUCCUGGUGUACGUACCCCAGGUGUGGGGCCCCACACGCAGCAAACUUCUUGCUGCUGCUUCUUUUGCUGCAGCAAUGGAGGAAGUCAGCAGCAGCAAAGGCGCACUCCUCACUGCAACAAACUCUGGAAAACAAAUCGAACUCGAAACCCUCGAAAGGUCCAAGUACAAACAAAAACUCAAGGAGGCCGACGAGGCCCUCCUCAAACAAAAGGAGGAGUACGAAGCAAAGCUGCAGGCUCUUGAGCAGAAGAACAACGAGGAGCAGCUGCAGAAAGUAAAAGAAGAAUUUUUAAAUGAACAAAAAAAGUUGGAGACAGAAAAAAGACAACUUGAAAUUAAAGAACUCAAAAGGCGACAAGAGGAGGGGGACCUCAUGCUGCUCAACGAGCAGCUCGCCAGACUGCUGCCGCUGCUGCGGGAGGCGAACGUGAUAGCUGCGGAGCUGGGGCUGGGCUACGAGUGCUGCCCGCUGCUGCAGACUCGCGUGUCAGUGAAGAAAAAGGAGACAGUCGUGAGUGUCUCUUUGCUGCUGAAGGGUUUUCGAAUUUGCUGCUGGUCUGCUGCUGCUUUCGAAGACCGCCUCAUCCUCAUGAGGGAACUCUUCGACAAGUGGCUCGAAGCCCCAGACCCCAACGCCUUCCUCGCAGAUUAUCAAGUCAAAAUAGGCAAAGCCACUGGUCUCCCCGUAGAAAAUGCGCAGCAGCUUUUUGUGCGCUUUUAUCCAUACCUUGCCGAAGAGCCUUACGAGACUCCAGCAGCAGCAGGAGCAGCAGCAGCAGCAGGAGCAGCAGCAGCAGCAGGAGCAGCAGCAGGGGCAGGCUCGUCAGCAGCGACGACCCCGAGGGCCGCAGCGACGGCAACGCUGCGGCCCGCAGUAGCAGCAGCAGCAGCAACAGCAGAAGUCGACUUCAAAUACUGCACUUUGCUGCAGCAGCAACCUGUAACAGCAGAUUUCUUGGACUACCUCAACACAGAGACACUCCGAUUCGAAGUUUGGGUAAAAGACGAAAAGGCAGCACAAGCAUUCAAGGAGCAGCAAAACAGCAGCAGCAGCAGCAGCAGUGGCAGCAGCAGCACCAGCAGCAGCAGUGGCAGCAGCAGCAGCAGUGGCAGCAGCAGCUGUGGCAACGGCAACGGCAGCAGCAGCAGCAGCGGAGGCGGCUGCAGAUAUACGUACAACGGAUACGAUAAAACAGCAGCAGCAGAUGCUGCAUACAACGUGCUCGAUUUGCUGCCGGGCAUGCAGAGACAACCAGCAGCAGCAGCAGCAGCAGCAGCAGCAAACAAGGGGAAGAAGGAGACACUCGAGAACGCCGUGGGCAGAGACCCCAAGACAGGCAAAUAUGUCUACAAUGGAUACGAAACACUCAGCCAGCAGCAGCAGCAGCAGCCACAGCAGCAGCAGCAGCAGCAGCAGCAGCAGCAGCAAGAAAAAGAGAGCCACAAAAACCCUAGCCUCAGCAUCCGGCGCUGGUCAAGGGGAAAGACAGUUGCGCAUGCAGGCAGAAAGCAGAGCAGCAAAAGCAAUCAAGAGAUCCACAGGACCUCAACAGAAAAUGCUGCUGCUGCUGCUGCAGCAGCAGCUGCUGCUGCUGCUGAGGGGGAGCAGCAGAAGCAGAAUGAAACAAAGCAGCAGGGCGCCGGCGCCAGCGGGGGAGCUAAGGAAAAGCAAAAGGCAGAAGCAACACCCAAUGCUGCUGCUGCUGCUGCUGCUGCACCUGCUGCUGCGCCUGGUACUGCUGCUGCUACUGCGCAGCCAGCAGCAGCAGCGGCCAAAGGCCCUAGUCCUGCAGCAGAGCAGAAACCCAAGGACAACAAGCAGCAGCAGCAGCAGCAGCAGCAGCAGCCAAAGGAAGAAAAGGCGAAGGAGCAGCGCCAGGCAGGCCCGCAGGAUCAGCAGCAGAAAAAACCUCAGCAGCAGCAGCAGCAGCAGCAAGAGCGAGGGAACGAGCAGCAGACGCCGCAGCAGCAGCUGCCGCAUGACGACGAAGAACAGCAGCAGCAGCAGCAGCAGCGAAAGAUCCACCUCUUCAAACACCCCCAGAAUGCCUGCUGCACAAUUCAAUAA